UUUAGUAGCCUAUUAAAAUACAUCAGUUAUUUAGAUUUUAUGUCGAGGGCUUUUCAGGAGAAUACCGUCAAAUGCGCUUGCAUUGACUGCCGAGAAAAGAAAGCAACACGAGGGAAAUAAUAAUUCAUUAUUAAAUUCCUUUCAAUCCAAAGAGAUAAACCAACUGGACCCGAGCCGCGGGUGUGGGCUUGCUGGAGUGAAAAAAAAGCGAGCGAGAAAGAAGAGAGAGAGAGCGGUGGACUGGAGGGGUUGAUGAUGCGUUAUAGUUAAUGUAACAUUUGUCAAUCUGGAGUUCAGACGUGACAAUGGAUAGAUAAUGGAAGCAGCGACUACAGGACUUCGACAGUCAAUGCUUUUCUGGUAGCCUUUUAUUUUGAUAAUGCAUUGUGCGAAGAAGAGCGGCAAAGAAAAUAACAUCGCGUGGGUUUUGGAUACAGGCACAACCACAACUCCAAAGGCAACCAAAAUGAUGUAAUUAAUGGAGAUGUUCUAGUGUUCGAAGUCUAAUUUAAUCUCAGACUGAAAUAAUUGGAUCAAACAUUUGAAUAGAGGGGAAAGUCGAGACAGUGGGCUCCGCGCGUGCGGCUCAACCUAUGUAGUUCCAGAUGCACAACGGUAUUAUGUUACUUUUUAUGGCUACAGUUGGAGACCGAGCGGUUACGAGCGAGCUUUAACAGACAUGUGCAGUCGGGAGCAGCAAUAAUACCCCGCAUCGCACAGGAGCCAGCGGUCUGUGAUUUUGCAACAAGGAGCUGAUAAAAGCAAUACAUUGUUCUGUAACUAAAGUGAUCCAGUGCGCAAUGGGCGACAAGGCGUCAAACUUCAGGUUGAAGCACCGGCGAGUGGCUAUAGUCACCUACCAGACGGAUACUUUCACGAUUGGCGAAGCUCUAAGCAAAAAAGAAGGGAAGCGUUUUACAUUUAGAAGAGAGGUUAACUUUUGGUUGGGAAUUUAAUUGGAUAACGGUAGGAAAAAGAAAGACACUUUCUGGGUGAAAUUACUCACAUUCUCUGCCUGACAGUACCACUGUGAUAAUUGUCGAAAGGUUUACAUGUUAUUAUUUAGAAUAUUACAUAUAAAAUCGGACUGCACUUGACUUGGUCACUUUUGUCUACCCAAUUACACAGGGUAGGCUACGAUUAAGUGGCAAUGAUGGACAUUAAUAGGUUGGUAAUUUGAAGUCAAAGAAUAUAUAGCCAUAUUAUUAUUUGUGUCAAUAAGUUGAGAUAUAAAAGGGAUAUUUUAAUUUGCACUAUGAUGGAAGUACCACCACCAUGCUCGAAAAAGAGCCUUUCUCUCUCGCUCCCCGUUCCCCGGGAGCAGGCGACCCUAAAGCCUCCGCAACAUCUUUGGAGACAGCCACGGACCCCCAUCAAAAUCAAACACCGGGGAUACUCCGACACCGACCGCAAACACCACCGAGGGAUAGAGCGCUCUAAUGCCAUGGACACGAGCGACAGACCGGGGCUUAGGAAGUGUCGGAUGUCCUGGCCAUCCUCGUUCCAAGGAACCACGAACCCCUCCAUCGGCAAUUGUGUUGGAAAUAGACGUUUUGACUCAGAGAAUGGUCCUUCGCCCGGCCGCAGCCCCAUGGAUUCGCAGGCGAGUCCUGUGCUGGGGUUGCACCCCUCCUUUACCACAGAGGGGUGCAGGAGUCGCGGGGAGCGCAGGGAGUCCUUCCUGUACCGAUCAGACUCUGACUAUGACAUGUCCCCCAAGACCAUGUCACGUAACUCCUCCAUCAACAGUGAGGGGCAUGCAGAAGAUCUCAUCGUCACCCCUUUUGCUCAGGUGUUGGCCAGUCUACGAACUGUAAGAAGCAACUUCACCAUCCUCGCCAAUGUCACGACACCCACUAACAAGAGGUCACCAGUGACAAGCCAACCCACUGUUCCCCAGGCAACACUCUCUGAUGAGACGUACCAGCAGAUGGCAAGGGAGACUCUGGCUGAGUUAGACUGGUGUCUGGACCAGCUGGAGACCAUCCAGACCCACCGCAGCGUCGGUGACAUGGCCUCCAACAAGUUUAAGAGGAUGUUGAACCGGGAGCUAUCUCACCUGUCAGAGAUGAGUCGUUCAGGGAACCAGGUGUCUGAAUACAUCUCCACUACCUUCCUGGAUAAGCAGAAUGAGGUAGAGAUCCCGUCUCCGACCCUGCGGGAGCGGGACCGGGACAAGCCCAUGUGUCAUAUCAGUGGAGUGAAGAAGCUGACACACAGCUCCAGCCUGUCCAUCAACACCACCAUGCCACGCUUCGGAGUCAAGACGGAACAGGAGGAUGCACUGGCCAGGGAGCUGGAUGACUUGAAUAAGUGGGGCCUUAAUAUCUUUCGUCUGGCUGAGUUCUCCAAUAAUAGGCCUCUCAGCUGCAUCAUGUUCGCCAUCUUCCAGGAGAGGGAUCUGUUGAAGACGUUUCAAAUCCCUGUCGACACCUUCGUGACCUACGUUAUGACCCUGGAGGACCACUACCAUGCCAACGUGGCCUACCACAACAGCCUCCACGCCGCUGACGUCACACAGUCCACCCACGUCCUGCUGUCCACACCGGCUCUGGACGCUGUGUUCACUGAUCUGGAGAUCCUGGCUGCGUUAUUUGCUGCUGCCAUCCAUGAUGUGGAUCAUCCUGGCGUGUCCAACCAGUUCCUCAUCAACACCAACUCGGAGCUGGCUCUGAUGUACAACGAUGAGUCUGUCCUGGAGAACCACCACCUGGCCGUGGGCUUCAAGCUGCUCCACGAGGACAACUGUGACAUCUUCCAGAACCUCAGCAAGAGGCAGAGACAGAGCCUGCGCAAGCUCGUUAUCGAUAUGGUGUUGGCGACAGAUAUGUCCAAGCACAUGAGUUUGCUGGCUGAUCUGAAGACCAUGGUGGAGACGAAGAAGGUGACCAGUUCAGGAGUGCUCCUGCUCGACCACUACACUGAUCGCAUCCAGGUGCUGAGGAACAUGGUGCACUGUGCGGACCUAAGUAACCCCACCAAGCCCCUGGUCGUGUACAGAGAGUGGACUGAGCGCAUCAUGGAGGAGUUCUUUAGACAGGGGGACAAGGAGAGGGAGAGAGGCAUGGAGAUCAGCCCCAUGUGUGACAAACACACUGCUUCUGUGGAGAAGAGUCAGGUGGGCUUCAUCGACUACAUCGUGCACCCUCUGUGGGAGACGUGGGGGGACCUGGUGCACCCUGAUGCCCAGGACAUCCUUGACACUCUUGAGGACAACAGGGAUUGGUACCAGAGCACCAUCCCCCAGAGCCCCAUCUCCCCACCCCCAAUCCCCCUCGGCCCAGACAAGAGGCUCAACGCCUGCAUCGACAAGUUCCAGUUCAAGCUCACCUUGGAUGACGACACGGAGGGAGGACAGGAGGAGGAAGAAGAGGAGGAGGAGGAGGGGAAAACCACCCCCAAUCACAUGGUGCUGGACUGCAGUCAGGGAGAGGAGGAAGACAAGAAAGAAGAGGGGGAAGGAGAGGACGUGGUAAAGGAUGAAAGGGAAGGAGACAUCAUGGAGGAGGAAGGGGAAUUAGGGAUGGAGGAGGAGGAGAAGAGGGGAGUUCUUCAGCGAGCUCAGUCAGGGGUGGAGAUACAAUCUGACACAAGCCCCGUGGAGGACGAGGAGGAGGAAGACUCCUCCUCACCAGCUGAUGACACAUGAGUUCAGCUCCUCUCUCCCUGGCCACACCCCACAUUCACACGCCCCUGUUUACCAUCCUUUAUUUCCGAUGGCCAAAACCCAAUAUCAAGUAAGACUACAUAGACAAUAGACCUUUAAAUCUAUUUUUCAAAAAGGGAACACAAAUAAUAUUGCUUAAAGAAAAGCUAUUUACACAGCAACUGUAGAUUUGGAGCUGGAGGUGUUUCUUCCAGUGGAUGCUUGAGGAACUGCUAUGAGAACAAAGAGGAACAUAGAGAAGCAUUAAUAAUGGGCCAUUGAAGACAGUGUAGCACUGGAACUGAAACACACACACAUAAACAUGCACAAACUCACCUCCACACACAAACACACCUCACUCACACACUUUGAUUCAUGGAAGAAAAAAACACACGAGAAUGUGUGUGUUUGUGUGUUUGCGCGUGCCUAUGUGUGUGUGUGUGUGUUUAGAGGAAUCUGAUGGGUAACAAAUCUCUUUGGAAAAAGCCAUCUCUAUAUGGAGUAUUAACUAGCGUCAGUCAGUAUUACUAGUUCAUGUUUGUUAGAAUUCAACAAGAACUCUCUGUGAGUGACUUAUUUUCCAUUUCUGUCGGAAAGAAGACUACAGAUAUCUAUCUAUAGAGGAGGAGUGGAGUGAGAAAAGAAGAGAGGAUUAAGUUUAAUAAAGAAAGGAAGAUGCUGUGAUGAGGGGACCUGAGGGUCCCGCCUCCAUUUUCCCAUUUUCCCUUUAUGAAGAAGUGCUACCGGUACAAGAUGGCUGUGUGCCUUUCUGGAAACACCAGCUCCUGAAACAUGGAGCUGUCGUGAAGCAGUGCAUCGUGGGACAGGAGUGUCGGCUUUUGUCUUCAUUUUAGAUUGUCUCUUGUUCAAAUAUCUAUUGUAACUGUUAAUGAUUUAGUGUGUGUGUGUGUGUGUGUGUGUGUGUGUGUGUGUGUGUGUGUGUGUGUGUGUGUGCGUGCGUGCGUGCGUGCGUGCGUGCGUGCGUGCGUGCGUGCGUGCGUGUGUCACAUGCUCAGUAUGUUUCUGUGGUGACAGGUUUUCAGCUGUAAGUCUUCCUUUGUUGCUUUUCAAGUUGAUGAGACGUUUCAGAACUCGUAGAUAAGGAGAAGUCACUAUCACCACACCACCACACCUGCUGCUUGUGGACUCUCCAGUUUUUACAUAUGAAAAUUAUUUUACUUUUUUACUGUCUGAGGAUAAGCCAUGUGAUACUUUACACUAUAUGUUCUGCCUGUUUUCUAUUUUUUAUUGUUUUUUGCUAAAUAUGUUUGAAGGAUUAGGAUAAUAUCAGCAGCAGCACAAAUUCACAUUCUGUCUCUUACCCACUCACACUGUAUUUAUUCACCAGUCUCUUCUCACUUACUGCAUCAGUUGUCACCAAAGCAACAGAUUGGAAUCUGAUGAGGAGAGAUGCUUUGACGGGGCAGACUGAGAGGAUUUUGUCAGGGUGAUUUCAGGAUUGGAGGGAAUCGAAAGAACGAGCUUGGCCAGAAAGGAGGCUGUUCAGACAGUCACACACAGCCAUUCUUGUUAUGUUUUAAGCUUUUCUGCCUUAAUGUCAAAUGCAGGAUACAUACCUGCAACUAUGUAGAUUUAUAAGAUAAAUUCUAAAUAUCCUAGUAUAUUUAUACCAUGUCUGUAUGCCUCUAUAUGUGAGUGUCUGUGUGUCUAUACACAAUGUACCCAGCAUCUACAUAUGGUCAGGGACAAUAUAUAUAU